UCACAGCUGGGGAAUAAAGAUGGGGCAAGGACAGAGCAUCUUGAAAAAGCAUGGCUACAAUCUACAAAGGGAAACCGAUAAUUCUGUUGUUGCAACAAAGGGAGACGACACAUUUCUCAUAAAGAAGAUCAUGUUGGGUCGGACAUCCACUAAUUCAGCAUUAACCUCAGAAAUUGAAACCCUUAUGUCAAUUAACCAUCCUCACAUCGUGAGCCUCAAGAACUCUUUCAAAGGUGAAGAACAUAACGCUUACUAUAUAGUAAUGGACUACUGUCAGGGCGGGAGCCUCGCUGCAAAGAUCAGAAAGAUGAGCGACUCCCCACAAGAGUCACAGAUACUGAGCUGGAUUGCCGAGAUCUGUGUUGCUUUGCGAACCAUUCAUGAAAAGGGCAUCCUCCACGGACGCCUGAGACUCGAGAAUGUAUUCCUCACAGAAAUUGGAACUGUGUGUUUGGGCGGAUUAGGAACCAUCCAUGACAAUUCAGAAAGCACUCAAUCAAGCAACAAUUCAAAUCAGUUGAAAAAUAAAUUUUCUGCCACCAGAAAUUCAAUAAAGAUCCUCAAUCAAGACCAACAGCCAGUGACAUCCUUGAGAGUCCUAUUAUUAUACGUUGUCUAUCAGAAAAGUGCAAAACAACCGUGGCGGACCUCCAGACGAUGUGGACAAGCUAUGGGAGUGGCUGAAGGUUUGGAGCGUGUGCAUCAGGGCACCACCAUUGGCAGUCUGACAGGUGGAGUGAUUGGAGCGGUGGGAGGCAUUACAUCCAUAGUAGGCCUUAUACUGGCCCCCUUCACUCUGGGAGCCUCUCUUAUUGUCACUGGGGUAGGAGUGGGAGUCAGUGUGGCUGGUGGAUUCACUGCUGGUGCCUCAAAUAUCACCAAUAUGUUCAACCAGUCCUCUGAUCGCAAAGCUGUUCGAAGCAUCAUUAAAAAGCUUGAAGAGAAAGUUAAUGUGGUUGUGGCAUGGCUCCAGGCGAUAGUCUCCAUCUUAGAGAACAUGAGGAGCAGAUGUGACUCAGCUAACAUAACUGGCAGCAAGUUAGAUGAAAGUAACCUGUUAAAGUUUGGCUGCAGAGCGGGGAGGGGCCUGGGUGGCGUUGCUGAACUGGUUCGACUACUUCAAGUGAUGAACAUUGGCAAAAUUGCAGCACAGGCAUCCAGGGUUGUACGUAUUGCAGAGGUAGCGACAGGUGUGUUCGCUGGUCUAUUUGUGGCAAUUGAUGUCUUCUUCAUUGCCAUGGAUGCAAAAGAGCUACGUCACAUCAGACAGGCCAGAGCACAGAACCAGUCUUCCAAAAACAUCCAAACUCCAGUCAGAUCUGAUACCAUGAAAUUUGUCCAUUCAAUAAGAGGGGCUGCACACAACUUGCAAAAAGUUGUGGAUGAGCUGAGAAGCAUGAUCUCAGUUCUCCCUUCACUUGAGGAUUAG